AUGAUUCAACAAUUUUCUCGUUUUGUGAAGUCAGGCGCUGGACUUGAAAAGACCCUUCGUCUAAUCCAAUGCGUGUCGCAAAUCGUCGCUGCACUCACCGUGAGCAGUACCCUGACUGUGCAAUUGACUACGGUCAAGCUGCAAUUAGCAUUAACGCGGAGAUAUUUCCGCUUCUUUGGGUUCAUUGACUCCUUCCAGCGCAUGUCUGCGUUGUUGGGCAAGGAUGGCUUUAGUUCUGUGACUGGGCUGCUUGAACUAGCUAAAUGCACUUGCUUUGGCCUUUACUUUGUUCUGGAAGACUUGACCACGCUUCAUGCAAUGGGUGUCUACGCCGUGCCUUGGAAUGACCGUGUAAUGGAGCAGGCCAAUACUUUCUGGUUGUAUGCACUCUCUUUCUCUGUUGCUGGAGGUAUUUGGGCGCUGCUUGUCAGUCCUGCGGAGCAACCUAAAAAGAAUAGCAAGAGAAAGAACCAGAAAACUGCAUCUGGGAAGGCUACACUGGUCAAACCGACUGCUGCCUCUUCCCAAAUGAAACAGAUCGUGGUGGAUAGCUGUGAUUUGCUUAUCCCGCUGGAGCUUCUGGGUUGGAUGCCCACCGGGGACGUGGUGGUUGGAUCGACCAUGGUCUUGAGUACACUACUGACUGCUCAAGAUAUUUGGGCCCGACAAAAGUCCAAAAAAAUGGACUUGCAGGGAAUCGAACCCUGGACCACUCCCAUGCUAAGGGAGUAUUAUACCACUAAACCACAAGCCCAAUUGAAUGAUGGAGACUGCCCAUUAGUGACUCAAGACCGGAAAUGA